UUCUCUCUCCCUCGUGAGUCUUCGUUCUUUCCUCCUCCUCCAGCCCCUUCCGGCGGCGUCGCCCCUUCUUCCCGUUUUCGUUUAUCACUGGGCAAACCUCAGAUUCUCAUCCAUCUCGCCGGAUCAAAUCCUUUCCUUAGGUUUUUCCCAACGAGAUAAGGUAUAGCCAUGAAUAUUGUCAGCCUUUCUAGGCGCAUUGCUGUUAAUAAAGAAGCUAUCAGAGUUGUCGGUUCCAGAGGAUUCGCUGCUGGUGGUGGCAAGUCAAAGAAAGGACCUAAAGGCGGUGCUGGCGAUGCUCCGAAGACAUCCACACUUAGCAAUGAGCUGAAGAGUACCACAGUUUAUGGAGCUAAUAUCCUCAAGGAUGGUGCUGACCCGAAGAUACUGACUGAUUCCGAGUAUCCGGACUGGUUGUGGCAUUUGCUGGAUAAACGCCCUGCGUUAAGUGAAUUACGUCGAAAGAACAUUGAAACCCUUCCAUUCGAAGACCUCAAACGAUUUGUUAAGCUGGAUAAUCGAGCUCGAAUAAAAGAAAACAAUGCUAUGAAAGCCAAGAACUAAGAAAUAGGUGUAUGUUUUUUUGGCUUUAUUGCAACACUUGGAUGAUGGAUUUUUUUUUUUUUUUGGGUAGAGAAAUACUAUGAAGAAACCAUGUGAAUGAGAUAUUUAAAGCUCUUUUGAUCUGUUUUAUCUCAGCAGUCAUAUCUUGUCAAUGAAUUCAAGAGUUUGUUUCUAAA